AAAUACCCUUUGUAAACAAACAAAAGCGUAACGAUGCACGAAAAGGGAGGGUUUUCUGCAAAUUCAACCCUGGAAUGAUGGAAUAGUCGCCAGAAGUAUUCAUUCCUUCAUACUGUUAUUUCGCCAAACCAAAAAUGCCGAGAAGAAAAAGCAAAGACAAGGACAUGAUUCAGCCGUCAGAUACGAACAUGGUUUGUGUUGUUCCUAAACAGAACGUGGAAAUUCUUGGAAGAGCGUUACAUGCCCUUGCCCGCAUUGGAGAUGAGCUCUAUUUAGAACCCAUGAAUGGAGGACUUACAUUUCGAACGGUGCAUUCAAACCACUCAGUGUAUGCUGAGGUUCAUUUUACUAAUCAGUUCUUUUCAUAUUACAAUUGCCCUGUGCAAAUCAGAAAUCAAACUGAUGUUGAUGACGACACUGAUGCUUUGAAAUGCAGAAUUAACAUGAAGGCCUAUUUGUCAGCAUUUCGUUCCCUACCUUGUGUUCGGAAACAAGUAGAAACCUGCCUACUACAAAUAGAGCCCACAUGGCUUAUGAUCAAAUUCCGCUGUCACCAUGGUCUUAUUCGAACUUACAGAUUACCUGUUAUUGAAACUGAAACAUUGCAGGCACUGUAUACUGUCGAUGAAGUACCAAAUCAUUUAGUGAUAGGUGCAGAUGUAUUUGCAACAGCAGUGAAGAACUUCCAGUUAUCAGAGAGAGACAUCACAUUGGCUGUGGAAGAGCGUACAGCUGUGUUGAGAAAUUAUGUUCCUGGAGGCUCUGAUCCUGGUGGUGUAAUAAGGUCUGAGCUGAAAUUAGAUUCUGGUGAAUUCAUCUCAUUCACUGUUAGACAGCAAACCUCCAUCACAUUUUGCUUGAAGGCUUUCCGCGCUGUACUUUUCUUUUCGGAGCCAUCAAACUUACCUUUAGCAAUCAAAUUUUCUUCUCCUGGAAACCCUGUUGUGAUAAUUUGUGACUCAUCAACUGUUGAGCUGCGCUUUGUUCUAUCAAGUUUGGCACCAGAAGAUUGUGAUACAAGUCGCUCAGAUUCUCAACAGUUACUCACUCCGAUAAGAUCACUCGAGGGUCGGGAACAACAGAUGCAACUAAAGAAAACUACUCGCAGCAAACCACCUUCCACCCUUGAUGAGGCGUGGGAAGGAUUUGACUCACGGUCAGCUACAUCCAACAGAGCUAAUCCUAAGACAACAUCAAAGUCUAGUGUGGAGUCAUCCAUUCGACCCAUCAGAAAUGAUAAUCAGUCAAAAGAACGUCUCAUUGCAGCAACUAGCCAACAGAGUACAACGUCUACAACAUCAAGUGUCCGUGCAGUUGUUGGAACUACAACAACUUCCACUUUAUCCAGGCAAAACCAAUCAAUCAAUACAUCUGAGUCUUUCAGAACAGAGGAUGAUGCUGACCGGAACAAUCUGGUUAUUCCUGAAUCUGAUAAUGAAGAAGAAGAAGAUGAAGACGAUGAAGAGCUUGUCCCUGCAUCGCCACCACCACCUAAAAAGGCUCGCCUGCUUUUCCAGCGAUGCUAUGAACCUACUCUACACACAGAAGAUUUUGAAGGUGGUAUAGUAUAUGUUCCGGAUUCAGAUGAGGAGGACUAAGUUUAUUGUAAUCAUGUACAUAAGACAUUAACAAAAUGUACAAAACUGUGUAUUUUAUUUAUUUUUUUAAUAAAAUAAAGGCUUAACAUUUUUAUGGCUUA